AUGUUCCAUGCUGGUUUACCUCAACGUUUCUGGGCUGAAGCAGUCAACACAGCUACUUACCUUCACAACAGAAGUCCAAUAAGCUCACUACCUGACAAGACACCAUAUGAAUGCUGGUAUGGUACAAAACCUAAUGUAUCUAACUUAAAGGUAUUUGGAUCAAUCUGUUUUGUGCUUAUCCCGGACAGUUUAAGACGAAAACUAGACCCCAAAUCUCAAAAAGGAAUUUUCGUUGGAUAUCCACUCCAAACGAAAGGCUACAAGGUCUAUGUCAUAGAAUCGAAGCGAUUUGUCAGAAGUAAAGAUGUGUUGUUCCACGAAGAUAAAUUUCGUGACUUUCAAUUACCAGUAUCUUAUCAUCAGUUUGAAGAUGUUGAUGACCAUAUUGAUCGUGAGGAUGAGGAUGAAAUGCACAACGAUGUCAGAAAUGAACCUCUUGAGCCUGCAAUUCCAGUUGAAAUAGAGAAUCAAGAGCAUACACCACCAGUGGGAGUUACCCAACCUGGAACUACAUAUGAAGAAAAUUUUAUGAGGCAAGUUGCAAGUAUCGGCCCGAAAAGACAAACUAAACCUCCUGAAAGACUUUUACAUGAUGAAUGCAAUGUUGCCACAUCAUUGAAAGCUGAUCGUGAUGAACCAAAGUAUGUAACUGAUGCCCUGAAUGGUACGAAGUCUGCGAAAUGGAAACAAGCCUUAGAAGCGGAGUACAAUUCUUUGGUGAAGUGCGAGACAUGGGAUUUGGUCCCUCCUCCUGAUGAUGCGUGUAUUGUCGGAUCGAAGUGGGUCUUUAAAGUUAAACGUAAAGCAAAUGGAGAAGUUGACCGGUAUAAAGCCCGCUUGGUUGCACAGGGAUAUUCCCAAACAUACGGCGUAGAUUACGAAGAAGUAUUUGCACCGGUAGCUCGUUAUUCCAGCAUCAGAACAUUGUUAGCCCUCGCUAAUGCCCAUGAUUUGGAAAUCCACCAAAUGGAUGUAACCACUGCAUUCUUGAACGGUUCACUUGAACACGACAUAUACAUGGAACAACCCGAAGGUUUUGUCGAUCCAAAUUGCCCUGAUCAUGUCUGUAAACUUAAACGAAGCAUUUAUGGUCUGAAACAAUCGGCCAGAUGUUGGAAUCAAACUCUUGACAAUUUCUUAAUCAAGAAUGGCUAUCGCAAAAGUAACGCUGACAGUUGUCUGUAUGUGAAAUCUGUGAAACAAGAUAAUGGUCGUAUCAGUUUUGUGAUUCUCGCAGUAUAUGUGGAUGACAUAAUCCCAGUCUCCAAUGAUCUGGAAAUGCUCAAUGCAGAAAAAGUUAUUACGAAACGAAUUCCAAAUGGUUGA